AUGUCUCUCUCCCUAAGUCUUCUCUUUUACACAUCUCUGUCCCUCUCUCAAGCCUCCUCUUCCAUGUGUCUCUGUCCCAGUCUCCUCAAGCCUCCUCUUCCGUGUGUCUCUGUCCCACUCUCCUCAAGCCUCCUCUUCCAUGUGUCUCUGUCCCAGUCUCCUCAAGCCUCCUCUUCCAUGUGUCUCUGUCCCAGUCUCCUCAAGCCUCCUCUUCCAUGUGUCUCUGUCCCAGUCUCCUCAAGCCUCCUCUUCCAUGUGUCUCUGUCCCAGUCUCCUCUUCCAUGUGUCUCUGUCCCAGUCUCCUCUUCCAUGUGUCUCUGUCCCAGUCUCCUCUUCCAUGUGUCUCUGUCCCAGUCUCCUCUUCCAUGUGUCUCUGUCCCAGUCUCCUCUUCCAUGUGUCUCUGUCCCAGUCUCCUCUUCCAUGUGUCUCUGUCCCAGUCUCCCCUUCCAUGUGUCUCUGUCCCAGUCUCCCCUCUUCCAUGUGUCUCUGUCCCAGUCUCCCUUCCAUGUGUCUCUGUCCCAGUCUCCUCUUCCAUGUGUCUCUGUCCCAGUCUCCUCAAGCCUCCUCUUCCAUGUGUCUCUGUCCCAGUCUCCUCAAGCCUCCUCUUCCAUGUGUCUCUGUCCCAGUCUCCUCAAGCCUCCUCUUCCAUGUGUCUCUGUCCCAGUCUCCUCAAGCCUCCUCUUCCAUGUGUCUGUGUCCCAGUCUCCUCAAGCCUCCUCUUCCAUGUGUCUGUGUCCCAGUCUCCUCAAGCCUCCUCUUCCAUGUGUCUGUGUCCCAGUCUCCUCAAGCCUCCUCUUCCAUGUGUCUGUGUCCCAGUCUCCUCAAGCCUCCCUCUUCCAUGUGUCUCUGUCCCAGUCUCCUCAAGCCUCCUCUUCCAUGUGUCUCUGUCCCAGUCUCCUCAAGCCUCCUCUUCCAUGUGUCUCUGUCCCAGUCUCUUUCCAACCUCCAUCUCUCUCUCUCCAAACCUUCUCUUUCACACAUCUCUGUACCUCCUCUCUCUCUCUCUCCAAACCUUCUCUUUCACACAUCUCUCUCUCUCUCUCUCUCCAAACCUUCUCUUUCACACAUCUCUCUCUCUCUCUCUCCAAACCUUCUCUUUCACACAUCUCUCUCUCUCUCUCUCCAAACCUUCUCUUUCACACAUCUCUCUCUCUCUCUCUCUCUCCAAACCUUCUCUUUCACACAUCUCUCUCUCUCUCUCUCCAAACCUUCUCUUUCACACAUCUCUGUACCACCUGUCUCUCUCUCUCUCCAAACCUUCUCUUUCACAUCUCUGUACCACCACCUCUCUCUCUCUCCAAACCUUCUCUUUCACAUCUCUGUACCACCUCUCUCUCUCUCUCUCUCCAAACCUUCUCUUUCACACAUCUCUGUACCACCUCUCUCUCUCUCUCUCUCUCCAAACCUUCUCUUUCACACAUCUCUGUACCACCUCUCUCUCUCUCUCCAAACCUUCUCUUUCACACAUCUCUGUACCACCUCUCUCUAUCUCCUAUCUAUCUAUAUAUAUAUAUAUAUCCCUCUUUCUCUCCUCUUCUAUGCAUCUUCAUCUCUUUCUAUACCUCUACUUAGAAGCCCUUCUCAGUUUCAUCUCUGCAAAAAUGAAAGGUUUAGAAUGCUAA